AUGAAGGCCCUGGGAUGUGAGGAAAGACUCAGGUGUGAGGAAAGACUCAGGUGUGAGGAAAGACUCAGGUGUGAGGAAAGACUCAGGCGUGAGGAAAGACUCAGGUGUGAGGAAAGACUCAGGUGUGAGGAAAGACUCAGGUGUGAGGAAAGACUCAGGUGUGAGGAAAGACUCAGGUGUGAGGAAAGACUCAGGUGUGAGGAAAGACUCAGGUGUGAGGAAAGACUCAGGUGUGAGGAAAGACUCAGGUGUGAGGAAAGACUCAGGUGUGAGGAAAGACUCAGUGUGAGGAAAGACUCAGGUGUGAGGAAAGACUCAGGUGUGAGAAAGACUCAGUUUGAGGAAAGACUCAGGCGUGAGGAAAGACUCAGGUGUGAGGAAAAGACUCAGUGUGUGAGGAAAGACUCAGGUGUGAGGAAAGACUCAGGUGUGAGGAAAGACUCAGGUGUGAGGAAAGACUCAGGUGUGAGGAAAGACUCAGGUGUGAGGAAAGACUCAGGUGUGAGGAAAGACUCAGGUGUGAGGAAAGACUCAGGUGUGAGGAAAGACUCAGGUGUGAGGAAAGACUCAGGUGUGAGGAAAGACUCAGGUGUGAGGAAAGACUCAGGUGUGAGGAAAGACUCAGGUGUGAGGAAAGACUCAGGUGUGAGGAAAGACUCAGGUGUGAGGAAAGACUCAGGUGUGAGGAAAGACUCAGGUGUGAGGAAAGACUCAGGUGUGAGGAAAGACUCAGGUGUGAGGAAAGACUCAGACUCAGGUGUGAGGAAAGACUCAGGUGUGAGUGAAAGACUCAGGUGUGAGGAAAGACUCAGGUGUGAGGUGAAAGAGUGUGAGGAAAGACUCAGUGUGAGGAAAGACUCAGGUGUGAGGAAAGACUCAGGUGUGAGGAAAGACUCAGGUGUGAGGAAAGACUCAGGUGUGAGGAAAGACUCAGGUGUGAGGAAAGACUCAGGUGUGAGGAAAGACUCAGGUGUGAGGAAAGACUCAGGUGUGAGGAAAGACUCAGGUGUGAGGAAAGACUCAG